UGUACGUUUGCGUCACUCGGCCUUCUUUCCCUUUCGCAGCAACAAGUUACGACAGGGUGAUUGAAGUAUGUAACUUAGUCUAUUUAGAUUCAAGCUAACUUUCGCUAGGCCACAGGCUCACGGAGAUCGACCAAGUAGGCUAGUUUACCAAGAAAGCAAAGGGAAGGAAAAAAUCCACUUGUGUCUUCCAGCCAAGAUCCUCACUUGUGUUCACUGAGGUCAUGGCACCCACUCUGUAUGAUGAGAAGCCAGAGAUUGGGGACCUGAUAGAGAUCUUCAGAGGAACGUAUCAGCACUGGGCCGUGUACAUUGGAGAUGGAUGUGUCAUUCAUGUGGCACCCUCCUCUGAAGAGGCACGCAGUGGAUCCCGCAGCAUGAUGUCUGUGCUGUCCGACAGGGCUGUCAUAAAGAAGGAGGAAUUGUGGGAUGUUGUGGGAACGGACCAGUACAGCAUCAACAAUCGCCUGGAUAAUAAGUACGAGCCGCGGCCGGCACACGUGAUCCAGCGGGAGGCCCACAGGCUCCUGGGCCAGGAGGUGCCGUUCUGCGUGUUCCAAGGGAACUGCGAGCACUUUGCCACGGAGCUGAGAUAUGGCAAGGCUGAGUCACGUCAGGUGCACCGUGCUGUUGAAGUUGGCGUGGGGGUCGGUGUAGCUGCAAUGGUGGGAAUGGGUGUUCUAGCUGCAGCCGCAGCCUUCUUUGGAAGUGGAAGCAAAGAGAGGAAAAACAAGAGCUAAAUAGAAAAGCCUACUGUAUCUGCCUUCAGGGGAACGCACUCUAACACCAGCAGGCCUUACAGAACUAAAUGUGAAAAAGACCACAAAUCCACUACUGAAAUAUGAUGGGCUGAAAUAUUUAGCAGAAAAAAGAAAAGGUUUUUGUAAAUAAACAAUUUUAUCUCCGAUUGUAGGUACAGCCACAAUGCAGUGAGCCAUUUAGAAGCAAAUUGCUGACUGAUUUAUUUUCAGUUUUAGUAAUGUGCUCAAAAUUGCACAAGUAUUGCUAUUGUUUGGUGAGUGAAGACAUUUCUACCCACAGCCUUUACAAGGGGUGUGUAUUAUUUGCACUGUUUUACACUUGAAUGCCAAGAUUGGUCUUAUUCAGGUGUAUUUAAAUAAAUAUAAGCCAGCA